GUGGUAAUUAGGAAAAUGAAAAAAUCGAAUUGUACAAUUUCCAUCCUUUUUCCCUUUGCUACUUGAUUUGAUUUCUCUCUCUCUCUCUUAACUUGUCACUCCCAAUUCGGACUUCAAAGUUGAAGCUUUUUCUCUCUAACUAUCCCUCAACCCUUUCCCUUUCAAUUCGUUUCUCCCAUUCGCAUAGCCCUAACCUCAAUUCACAAUCCUCCACCUCCGAUUUCGGCCGGAAAAGGAAUCAAAGCUGCCUUCUUCCCACGUCAGCAAAAAAUACGGUUUUUUUUUUACGAUACCCAAAAAGCUAUUCCUCUGUUUCUCUGUUGGCGAAUCACGAGUCAUUUUCCGUUUCCGUUUCCGUUGUGUUUGUUACUAUUCGAGGUUGCCGUUUAGAUACCCGCAAAGGCUGGUCUUUUUCUUCUUCUUUUUUUCGGUUUUUCUUUUUACGAGGGGCCUGGUUGCUAACGUGAUCCCGGGUGCGUAGGAUUAGGAGGGUGUGUUAUUUCUUUUGUAAUCGGGGGCGUACACGUGUACGGCGGAUGGGAGCGGAGGUGAUGGUGACGUGGGGAACCUGGGAAGAGCUUCUCCUCGGCGGAGCUAUUCUCCGGCACGGCACCCGUGACUGGACCGUCGUCGCCGCCGAGCUCAGUGCCCGAACUCACCUUUCUCCAUGCACUUUCACACCCGAGGCCUGCAAAGCCAAAUAUGAAGACUUACAACAGCGUUAUUGUCGUAUCAGGACUUGGUUUGAGGAGAUUAGGAAGAAGAGAGUUGAAGAGCUUAAGAAAGCUUUGGAGCUAUCUGAAGAUUCUAUUGGGUGUCUUGAAUCAAAGCUUGAAUCCCUUAAGGCUGUGAAGAAUGAGAAUAUAGAUGAUUGUCAUGUUGGUGAUGGCUCAGCUGGACCUGAAUUACAUGCUCCUCCACAGAAAAUGGCAAGAGUUGAAUCCUCGGCUAAAGAGACGUCGAAGGAUGGGCUAUCUGCCGGGAGUUUCACACACGAAACUCGGCCGAACUGGUCAACUGAAUGCCAGGUUCCAGCAGUGUCUUCUGAAGAUGUGGAGACUAAGCCUGAAGUUGCAAGGUCUACUGACCACGAGAAAGAUUUAGAUGUAGAUAAGGUAGAACAAACUAUAGAUGAAGGAAAAGGAGUAAGUUUGAAAAAACGAAGAGGGACGAGGAAGAGAAAGGAUUGUGGCAAAAAUGCUAAUGAAGCUAGCGGUCCUGAAAGUGACAAUUUGGUUUCUAUUGAUGCAUCACGGUGUAAAGAAAGUUCUACCAGCAACUGUGAUGAUGUUGCCAAAUCUUCCGGCAUUGGUGAGGACAAUACAAACCCUAAAAAGGAUGGAAUACAAGAAAUGAUGGAGACUUUAGAUUCCAUUUUGGAAACCAAAGGUGCUUCUGCCUUCCGCCGCAGACAUGAUAGUCAGAAGCGCGGAAGGUACAAGAACAUGAUCCGGCAGCAUAUGGACUUCGACACCAUACGAACAAGAAUUAGCAACCAAACAAUUAAGACAUCGAAGGAACUUUUCAGAGACUUUCUGUUACUGGCCAACAAUGCUCUAGUCUUCUACUCCAAGUGCACCCGUGAAUAUAAAACUGCCCUAUUGCUUAGAGACCAUGUCACUAAAAUAUUGAGGGAGAAGCUAAAUGCUUUUGGCAGCAGCAUCACUCAUGCUAAUGUCUCAACUGCAUCGCUGACCACGGAUCCUCCUGUGGAAGGUGGAACUGUGCGCCCCAGUGAUUGCAAGAUUGCUGCACCGGCAACAGCUGAUGGCAGCAAGGCACCCAAGAAAGCCAGUGAAGUGGCUUCCCCGCCUUCGGUGGAAUCCUUGCCCGUCAAGAAAGCUUCUGGCAGAACCAAAAAGGGAGGACGUGGAGCCGCGGUUGAGAGAGCUGCAACACCAGUGAAGGGAAAGAAAAGAGGGAGAGCAAAGUAAUAUUGCUGAGGAUUAAUUUUAAUUUUGAGCGGUGUAUGUACAAAUAUUUCCCUUUUUCAGUUAGAUUUUUUUGGUUGCAUGAUGAACCUUGAAUGAGGGAAGCUAACAUAUGAAAUAGUUCUAAAUUACAGUAGUUAAGAAUUAAGGUAGUGUGGUCUGUGUCUAAAUGUUCUAUAAGAUGUAAAUACGAAUUUUGUUUGUAUCAAUAGAGAACUAUACUAAGCUUAUUAGUCAA